GUUAUCAAGUUGGAAAACCAGUGAGAGCUGCAAAUCUGAAUGCUUCUGAUACUUCUGGGAGCCUAAACAUUUGGCAGCCAGCUGGCAGAGGCUUUUGUUACUCAGGUACACCAGUUAUAUUUGGGCUGGAUUCACUCUCUGGGUGCACUCUAGAAGUUGAAAUUGAUGAAGAUUGCAGCCUUUUAAGAGGAAAUGUAACUGAGAAAUUGAAUUCAUUAAUACAAGCUACUCAUAUUGGAAAGAGAGACAAUUCAAGUUACAGUGAUGUAAAUGACUGGGUGAAAAUUAUACGUCUUGAUCCAUUUAAUUCUGAUACCAAUGUGAGCACUGGAAGCUUCAAAGGCAUUUGUCCAGAUAUUCCUGCAAACCUGAAUAUUCGCAUCAUCUUUGCUGAAGUGGGUGCAGUACAAGGGAUUCCCCAGCAAGAGAUUCUUGCUGUGCAGAUCAGUUACUCAACAGUGAUAUGGCAAUUUCAGUGUGGGCUUACCUGUGAAAACAGCACCAGCUUUCUUCCCAUCACUGCUGCUGUUCAGUUUAUUAAAGUGCCAGCUCAGCCACCCGUUCCAAUGACAAGAUCUCAGACUAAUUCUUGGACAGAAUUUGACUGCAAUCGAAAUGAUGUGUGCUGGCCCCAACUUUUUUAUCCAGUGACACGGUUUUACACAGGAGAACCAUAUUCCCAGUGUCUUGCUAAAGGCCUGUCAUUGGCAUUCCUUGUUUUACUUGCAGCAAUUAUGAGUAACCCUUGGUUUUCCAAAAUUUGGAACAGUUGCUUGGUUUAA